AUGUGCGGUGUAAUUGGCCUAAUUCUAGGCCAUGUUGGUGACGAUCCCGAGGCUCCUUGUAAAGCCGCCGUCGCGCUCCACGAAGCCCUAUACUUCCUUCAACACAGAGGACAAGAUGCUUGCGGUAUUGCAACUUGUGCCGCUGGUGGGCGCAUCUACCAAUGCAAAGGCAAUGGAAUGGCUGCCAAGGUAUUUAUGGAUGGCAUGAGGGUUCAAGAUCUACCAGGAUCAAUGGGAAUUGGGCAUCUUCGAUACCCGACUGCGGGUACAUCGUCGAAUGCUGAAUCACAACCGUUCGCUCAUAACGGCAAUCUCAUCAACGCUCCUGAGUUACGCGAGCAUCUCGACACAGUCGCCCACAGACAUAUAAAUACAGACAGUGAUAGCGAACUUAUGCUAAACAUAUUCGCGAACGAACUCAACGAAACUGGGAAGGCUAGAGUUAACACCGAUGAUAUAUUCAAUGCGUUGGGCCGUAUGUACGAGCGUUGUUCGGGCGGAUGGGCUUGCACUGCAAUGAUUGCUGGUUUCGGUGUUUUGGGGUUCAGAGAUUCCUACGGAAUUCGGCCUCUAGUGCUUGGGGAGAGAGAUUCGGAUACCCUCCCUGGCACGAAAGAUUACAUGCUUGCGUCUGAAUCUAUUGCCCUACGGCAGCUAGGCUUCCGAAAUAUUAGGGAUAUCCUACCCGGCCAGGCUGUCUUCAUUCAGAAGGGUCGCGCACCCGUUUUCCGCCAGGUUCAAAAGGCAAAGACUUACUCGCCUGACAUAUUCGAAUAUGUAUACUUUGCUAGGCCUGAUACCGUCAUCGAUGGCAUUAGUGUCCAUGCCUCUCGACAAAGGAUGGGCUACAAAUUAGCCGAUAAAAUACGAGAACUGCUCGGAGAUGAAGCAAUCAAGGAUAUCGACGCCGUUAUUCCCAUCCCCGAGACCUCGAACACGUCAGCUGCGAGCGUUUCUGAAAGAUUGGGUCUUCCAUACUGCCAAGGAUUUGUCAAGAACAGAUACGUGUUUAGGACCUUCAUUAUGCCACAGCAAGGGGCUCGGCAAAAGGGUGUUAGGAGAAAGCUCAGUGCCAUUCAGACUGAAUUCGAAGGAAGGUGUGUCCUACUCGUCGAUGACUCUAUCGUGAGGGGUACCACCUCCAAAGAAAUAGUAGCCAUGGCGCGUGAGGCCGGCGCGCGAAAGGUGAUAUUCGCUAGCUGUGCUCCGCCUAUUACCGCACCACACAUUUACGGCAUUGACUUAGCUAGUCCAACGGAAUUAAUCGCAUCCGGCAAAGAUCGUUUUGCAAUUGCCAAGAGCAUUGAUGCAGAGGAGGUGAUCUACCAAGAUCUUGACGAUCUCAAGGCAGCAUGCGCAGAACUUGCGCCGCCUGACGGUCCGACCCAGUUUGAAGUAGGUGUGUUCUGUGGCAAGUACGUCACGCCAGUCCCGGAGGGGUAUUUCGACCACCUAAACCAACUACGUGGUACAAAGCGGAAACAUGCUACACACGCAACAGUCUCCAGUAGUGGCCCAACCAUAGUUGUGGGUGGUGGUCAGACCGGGGCAAACGGAUCCGCAUCAAAUGGCACAGCACUUGAAGCCGAAAAGGCUUCAUCGGGAAUGAUGAGAAAUGGUGCUAUUUCUCCUUUGGUUCGGGAUGAUAUCAGCCUUCAUAACAUGGCUACCGAACCGGAACGACGUUAA